AUGUAUCAGGGCAGCCAACGCCAUGUCUCGGGCAACGAUCCCUCCAGGCCCUUCCAGGUGCCUCCUCCUCCACCGCCUCCUCCAGCCAUGGCGCCCUCCAUGGUCGGGCCUCAGAUGAACAUGAUGGUGCCGCCUCCCCCGCCGAUUCGAUAUGCUGCUGUGCCUGGGGCAGCCCAGGGCGUCAUGAUCCCGCCGCCGCCAGGCCCUCCUCCCGGAGGCGGCAUGAUGCAGGCUCCAAACUGGCACGGCAACUUUGGUCGUCUGUAUGAUGGUCGGCCGAGUUACGCCGUGCCUCCGCCGCCUCCAACCAACCACCACCAGCCCUAUAACCCUAACAAGUUUCACGCCGCGAUGCAGGCAAUGGCCAUACCCCCCCCUCCACGCCAGACCGAUGCAAUGAGCGCGACGUAUAUACCGACGGGGGACACAUACGGAGAAGGCGUGGGAAUACCGGCGUUCGGCCGAGAGGAACCGCAAACUUCGUGGGCGCAGAACGGGACCGACACUGGCACCAUGAUGUCAAUGGAUGAAAGACAACAGCAAGCAUAUAUGGGAGCUCAGGCCAAAGGGCCAAACGUACCGAGUGCACCGACAACCGCUACUGCGCCAAGCACCAUCCCUCCCGAAAUAGCAGCCCAGUGGCCGCUGGACACGGUCCUGUUGUGGCUGGCGCAGAACCAGUUCUCCAAGGACUGGCAAGAGACGUUCAGAUCCCUGAACCUCUAUGGCGCGCAGUUCUUGGAACUGGGCAGUGCCCACGGCGGACGUGGAAACUUUGGUAUGAUGCACCAGCGGGUAUAUCCUCGAUUGGCGCAGGAGUGUACCAACAGCGGAACGGGGUGGGAUCAGCCGAGAGAGAGAGAGGAGGGAAAGCGAAUGCGAAGGUUAAUUAGGAGUGUCGUCACUGGCCGCCCCGUCGAAGCUUCCAAAGCCGUCCCCGCCCAUGGUCGAAAGGAAUCUACAGCUUCCAGCCAACCCUCCAAUCUUCCUACUGCUGGCUCAGAUGCCGCCGACAAUAUCGAGUCUCCCAUCGUGCCUCCCAACUCCAUAGCCGCACGAAGGUUUUCUCAAACCAGAUCGACAACGAUGCCGCCCGCCAACGGCACUGAUGCGAACCACAGGGCAGUUUUGAAAAGCCUCGAACUCGGACGUCAGAGUCCCACUGGCGAACACGCGGCCAGUCCAGGUGGCAGCCCGGCCCCUCAGCCCACACUCUUCCACUCGGCCACCACUCCUAUUCUCUCCUCGUCGCCAAGCUCAUCCAAGUUUACCCAUCGCUCAAGGAAUAGUACGGACUCGGCCGCAUCCAACGCCGCGAUAUAUGGAUCGGGAAUUCCGCCAGAGGCAAUUGGGCUAAUGAAUCGAGGCAUGAGCUUGGCGGAGUUGAUGUCUGCGUCGAGAAGUCAAGACGGCUACUCUAACAGGCAUGCCGAAUCUCCUUCAUCUGCCAAAGACAACAAGAGUUUUCUUAGUUUCCUGUCCAGGAAAAAGCGCCAGCAAGUUGAUGGCGCCUUUCCUUCGCCAGAUGAUCUCGACUCCCCCACUUCACCGGCACUCUAUAGGCCCCUGCCGACGGCAACUCAUGGGUCCGAUGCGAGUGACGCCCACUUGGACACAUCUAGCAUCACUUCACAGUACAGACCAAAACAUCAUGUCGCCCAGGGCAGAAUAUUCGUCUUGGCCACUAUGGAUUACUGGAACUACCGCAUGUGCGAUAUCACGGAGGCGGAGACUGCCGCGGAUAUUCGUCAAGCCGUCUGUUUGAACCUCGGUCUUCCCGACAUGGAGAGUUCCUUCAUAUAUGCUACCGAACUGGGCCAGUUUGAACACAAUGAGCCUCUGGAUGAUCAAAAGCUUCUAACCACCAAGCGAGUAAAGGCUGAUUCUGCGGGGACGCUCAAGUUUUUUGUUACUUCACACAACGCACUAACCCCCAGUCUGAGCAGUGAAGUGCCAACGCUGUUGUCGCCAGAUGCCAUCCCGCCGGGAAUAGAUGCAGAGGCGUAUGCACGUCUCAAUGGACGCCAGAGAUCCAGCUCGUCCCCGCCUACGUCUCGAUCCAACACGCUCACGUCGGACAAGGUGGAUGAGAGUGCCUUGGCUCAGGAGGCGAGCGAGUACAGAGCUGAGUUGGCAAGGAAGCAGCGCGAAUAUCUUGCAAAGAAAAAGCAGGCUAAUAUGAAGGAGAGCCCCAUUGUGCCGCCCGAGUCCAUUGUAGGUUUUGGCAUUGUGGGUAGGAAUGUUGAUUUCGACCAGCCUCGAAUGUCGCCGUAUGAAGACAGAAAGCCUGAACACCUCUUGCCCCAACGACGGCCACCGGCACCGCCAAGUGAUCCGUCCGCAACACUGAUCAAGGCGAACUCACUUAGCAAGAAGACGGGACGGCACAUGAACGGCAACGCUGCUGAAGGGCAUGCAACGCCGCGAUACCCUCUGCCAUCGUCUGCGUCGCCUGAAGCAGAGGCGUCGGAGAGCGGUAAAAAGCCGUCGCCACAAAAGUUCAAUAUACCUGCCGCGGGCAUGGGCGGCUUCGUAGGCGCGGCAUUGGUUGGCAUGGGCAGAAAUCUGGGGGCUAUCGGACAGUCAACGGCCAACGGGCCGCGUGGAGCGUCGCCCAACAGAGUUGCAACACAACCGAUCGCAGCCAGCAACGGCUUGCAGCAGCUGCCGAUAGGUAAGAAAGCUAUGUCUAUUGUUAAUUUUCGUGAAACUAGCUCGGCUAGGCCAAGUCCUGGCUCGGGCUCUCCCAAAACUCUUACCUGGAGUCCGGGAAACAUGUCUUUUGUUGUGCCUGACUAUUCACCUGCCCCUUCACCCCCUUUGGCGGCUUCAGUAUUAAGCAAUGAUGAAUCAGUUACUAAAUUCACCAUGAUAGGGCAACGGCCGCCGUCCCCUACGGAGCUCAGCCCCAGCUCAACCCGGCCGCCGCCCAUGGCAAACCCGUCAUCCCCACCCCCUACCAACCCGAAAUCCCCCGGCCCAGACCUGGACUUUACUGAUACAGACGUCCAAUUCACCCAACCACCUGUUACCCAGCAGCCCUCAUCUGCCCAAGGCCGUCAGCCGCCUGCCAAUGACAGCGACGACGAUUCUGACGAUGGUUUGUUUGCUAUUCCGCUCGCCGGUAGAGCAAAGGGUAAAGAACCAAGUGGCAGGCCAGGACAUGCGCAGAAACCUAGCCUGACUGUGAAUACUUCGCGGCCAAAGAGCAAAACUCUCUCAGUCACAUUUACCUCCCCCAAAUCGACAGGUGAAAACGCGGACGAUUGGUCCCGGAACGGAAAUGGCUCCCGUCGAACUCCUGGAACCCCUGGCUCAGAGACGUGGGAGUCUGACAAGGAAGUCAAACUUGGCCGCCGCAAGUCGUUUAUUGAGAAGGAUGUAUGGGCGAAUCGACCUCCCACCGAUGAUUUGCUCAACAACCUCGACGAUUUCUUCCCUAAUUACGACCUCGAUGAGCCUGUUCUUGAGGAUAGCGUCUCGGCCGAGAUGACAACCUCUCCAAUCCCCGAAGUCGAGGAGUCGCCACAGCAGAGCGCGCCGCCUCCUCUCCAAGCCCCAGCCAUGUAUCAAGACACCAUUAAUCCUCCUCCCGCCGUCGCGUCUUCCAAUCAAUCCAUCUAUGACGGAGGGGACACGCUUGGCUCUGACGAAUCGACAUUGAAGGCCCUGGACCGUCGCCCAUCCAUACAAACAGUGGCUCAAAAGAGCAUGAGGCGAUCUGGCGGUCUUGGGCGUAUGAAGUCCAUCCGUGAAGUUGCUCGGGGUGCCCACGAGGCUAACAAACGAUUCACGCACGCGCCGCACAACUCGGGCAACGCCACUACUACCGGAAUCAUGCGCCGAAAGAGCACCAAGAUGUUCAACGCAAACAUUGUGCAGAUUCGGCCAGACCAGCGCGGCGGCAUGGUGUUCCCGCGCGACAUCCCACAAGAUACUUUGCCUAAGCGACAGACGACAUUUAGGUGGUUCAAGGGCCAGCUUAUUGGUAAGGGUACUUAUGGACGCGUUUAUCUGGGUAUGAAUGCCACAACCGGAGAAUUCUUGGCCGUCAAGGAAGUGGAAGUCAACCCCAAAGCGGCCGGAGGAGACAAGAGUAAGAUGAAGGAACUCGUGGCCGCUCUGGAUCACGAAAUCGACACGAUGCAGCAUUUGGACCACGUCAACAUUGUACAAUACUUGGGGUGCGAGCGAAAGGAAACCAGCAUUAGCAUCUUCCUAGAAUAUAUUCCUGGUGGCAGCAUCGGCUCAUGCCUACGCAAGCACGGCAAGUUUGAAGAAUCGGUCGUCUCAUCCCUCACGCGGCAGACAUUAUCUGGGCUGGCCUAUCUCCAUCGAGAAGGCAUUUUGCACCGAGACUUGAAGGCGGACAAUAUUCUACUGGACCUAGAUGGAACGUGUAAGAUCAGCGAUUUCGGCAUUUCCAAGAAGACGGAUAACAUCUACGGCAACGACAAAUCAAACAAUAUGCAGGGAUCCGUAUUCUGGAUGGCACCCGAGGUGAUCCGGUCACAAAACGAAGGAUACAGCGCCAAGGUGGACAUUUGGAGCUUGGGAUGCGUCGUGUUGGAGAUGUUUGCAGGACGGCGGCCGUGGAGCAAAGAGGAAGCCGUCGGAGCCAUCUACAAGAUCGCAAACGGAGAGAGGCCCCCAAUUCCCGAAGACAUCCAGGAGACCAUAGGCCCCUUUGCAGUGGCGUUUAUGGAGGACUGCUUCCAAGUGAGUCCAUUUGAUCGGCCAACAGCCGACGUGCUUCUUUCGCAACAUCCGUUCUGCGAGUUGGACUCGCACUACAACUUUUACGACACCGUCUUGUAUACGAAGAUUAAGGAGACGUAUAAGUCGGCGUAA